UCUUUUGACUGAUCAAUGUGAACUUUGACUAACAAUGGACACAAAGAAAAUGACUAAUUGAUAAGCAUUCUUUCUUCUAUUGUAAUUAAUCUAUUAUAAAAUCAAGGAUCAGUCCAAGCACAAGAAUGAUGGAACAAUGCAAGCUCUUAAAAAAAGACUAGUGCUUCCCUCUCCCCUAUAUUUUAAAAGCAAGUCAAUGGCAAAGUAGGUAGACAAGAAAAAUCCCCAUGAGAAUUUGGGUUCUUUUUCCCAAAUUCAAGCCUCCAAACAAGUAUCUUUUCCACCAAAAUAUCAAUUACUCUUUUAGCGUUUGUUGUUCUCUUUGAUGCUUUAUUGAUCAUAAAUCCGUUCAAGCCUAUUCAUAAAAUUUCUUGUGUGAUGCAAUUUUAGGAGAAACAUUUUCUAACACCUUCAUGUUCUUCUGAGGUCUGUCACCUUUUUCAAUUCACAAUAGGAGCCAAGUAAGAUACUCAGUUGCAAUGGAGUCUCAAAAUCUUACCCAAAACAGCAUUCCUGAUGCUGUUAGAUCAGCUCUGAUCUUUCUUGGUACCGGGAACUCUAACACUGUUCCCCAUGCAAUAUGCUUGAUCCAGCCAUCGGAUCCACCUUGCCAUGUUUGCUCCCAGGCCCUUUCCGUCCCGCCCGAGCAAAACCCCAAUUACAGGUGCAACACAUCCCUUCUUAUAGAUUAUUACCAGAGUAAGGAGGAACACAAAUAUAUAUUGAUUGAUGUUGGGAAGACAUUCAGGGAGCAAGUCCUUAGGUGGUUUACUUUCCAUAAAAUUCCUCGAGUUGACUCUAUUGUUUUGACCCACGAACAUGCUGAUGCUGUUCUUGGUCUUGAUGACGUACGUGCUGUACAAGGAUUUAGUCCUACAAAUGAUACUGAUCCUAUCCCCGUUUACCUAAGUCAGUUUUCCAUGGAUAGCGUUGCUCUGAGAUUUCCUUACUUAACAAAGAAAAGAUUGAGGGAAGGCGAGAAGAAAAAGCGGGUAGCGCAGCUGGAUUGGAUGAUAAUUGAGGAAGAUUGUCAGAGACCUUUUGUUGCAUCAGGCCUACAGUUUGUUCCUUUGCCAGUGAUGCAUGGAAAAGACUAUAUAUACUUGGGUUUUCUCUUUGGCAAAAAAAGCAGAGUGGCUUAUAUAUCUGAUGUUUCACGUUUUCCUGAAAGCACAGAAUAUGUAAUUUCAAAAGCUGGGGCUGGACAGUUGGAUCUUCUUAUCUUGGAGGCUUCGCGCAAGAGUGGAGGCCCUGGUGGUGCUCACUUUUGCCUUUCUCAGACCCUUGAAGCUCUGAAGAGACUAUAUCCGAAGCAAGCUCUUUUAACUGGAAUGGGUCACGAGUUUGAUCAUUACAAGGACAAUGAGUUUCUAGCAGAAUGGUCUAAAAGGGAAGGAAUACCAGUGCAGCUUGCGCAUGAUGGUUUGAGAAUUCCUAUAGAUCUAUGAUUAUUUCAAGCCAAUAUCCUUGGAAAGUAAUCUGCCAUGUUAGUCAGAUUAUUGUGCUUUUUACAUAAAUUGGGAUCAUACUCUUUGUUAAUUAUGCACUAAAUCAAACAUCCCUUGCAUGAAUCCUUUUUGACAUAUUUGUCUAUCCUUUAUAAAAGAAGAAAGAAAAUUAUCAUU